AUGCGGCGCCAUAAUUACAGCGUGGUACCGCCCGGUAUAGCCCACCGAGGCGGUACUGGUCUUUGUCGGGUAGAACUGGGCGAACCUGGCGAUAUUUUGAUUUCAGGAGGAGUCAUUAAGAGGGUACAAUGUAACGCCCUUCCUGCCAUCUGUCCUCAGUGGUGUAUAGGUGUGUCCGGCGGCUGUACGGUGUGUGACUGCUCAAACUACGGACCCAACGGAAUUGUAAAUUCAACAUCUGGACUAAGUGUGGUCAGCGGAGGUUCUGGGAUGUCAAUGGUGAAUCCAGGUAGUAUGAUAGGGUUUGGGACAGGAUUUAAUUCUGGAAACUCUCAGUCUUCAUCAGCUGUAGGGGUAUUUAAUUCAAAUCUUCCUGGUUUCAACCCUGCAAAUUCUGGGCAGGCUAACCCUUUUAUGACCCUGAGUGGAGGUUUAGAUCCCAGUAAUCCGUAUGGAUUCGGUAAUCCGGCGAACCUUGGAAUGGCAGCAGGUGCAGGAAGACCGUCCAACCCAGGAGGCAGCACUUCUAUUGCGGGAAAUCCUAUUAUCUUUCAAGGUGUACUACAACAGACAGGCCAAAGUGGUUCAGGGAAUUUACAAGGUUCAAUACCACAGACUGGACCUGGGUCAGGAAAUGGUCUGCCAGUCCAAGGUACAAUGCCACAGACUGGACCUGGGUCAGGAAAUGGUCAAGUUAUUCAAAUCGCAGCGACUACACAUAAGAGCCAGACAGCAAAACACUCGACUGUGCCUGUUACUACGGCAACCAAAGCUACAUCAGCGCCGUCAACUACCGCUAAAGUUCAGCAACAAACGACCAAUACCGCUUCCGGUACAUGCGCACCAUUGCGUUGCGCACCUCCAUGUGACAAAGGUGUAGUACUGGCGCCAAAUGGAUGUCCGAUGUGUCUUUGUCAGCCGUAA